CCGCUGGAUGUCAAAUUGGACAAUUGCUCAAAUAAAGCGGCAAAACACUUAUUUGAAUUUGACACACUCAUUAUUACAUGAAGGACGUCAAUUUAGUCAGGCUCAGCGAAGAGAUUAAAGAGUUUGAGGAAUACUUGGCACCUACCACUUUCGAGACUCGUAGCCGGCAUGAUCUCUUUCAAACGAUCCGAUCCAUUGCGCUUCAAAAUUAUCCAGAAGCAACAGUCGAACCGUUCGGAUCUUUUGAAACGCAAUUACUAUUACCUUCAAGUGAUAUCGACCUGAACAUCUCUACCGACGAUGGCAUUAAGCCCCAAACGAUCCUUAAAAAAAUAUCUAAAUGCCUUAGACAGUAUGGAUAUAUGCAGCCCGUUUUUCGCGCCACGGUGCCUGUUAUCAAAUUUUGUGAAUAUAAGUCGGCACUCAACGCGGAUAUUACGGCGCAAAACAAUGUCAUCAGCUCAAAGCGAACCCUUCAAUGGAUGGAAGAAUACCCAGAGCUUAAACCGCUCUUUUUAGUCCUGAAACAUGCUUUGCUUGGAAUUCGCUUUGAACAUGACCCAAAUUACGAAGUAUUAAGCACAGUCAGGAAUGGUCUCGCUAGCUACGCUUUAAUAUGCUUGAUUACUCAUUAUCUAAAGUAUAAUGGUGAUACUUCUGAAAAGGACGGCAAAGAAGACAAGGACUUUUCAAAGAAGCGACUUGGUAUGCUGUUGAUAGGAUUCUUGAAAUUCUACUCGACCUUUGAUUUCGACACGAAAGGCUUGACAUUCUAUACCUCGGAAGGAUACUUUGACAGGCGUGAUGGCGCUUUCGAUCCCAAAUGUUUGAAUGGCACCAUUGCUAUCGAAAAUCCCGACGAUCCUAGUGCCAAUGUUGCUCGUGCUACAAGAACAGCCAAGCAAUUCCAGGCUGCUCUUGGAUGGAUGCAUGUCCAGUUGAACACACGCAUUGAAUCUGACACGUUUCAACGCUCAUUGCUCGAAAAAGUUAUACUUGUAGAAUCUCACCCAUCAAAUACUCCUCGUAAGAAUCUGACAAAGUAUCAGUUUCCGCUGAAGUAUUUGAGUGUGGAAGAUUUGGGUGCCAGCAACUUACCAUCAGUCGAUCCGUACCUAUUUGCGAAUAACGCAGCCAGGAAGAGAAAGCAAUCCUAUAUUGAUCGUGAUGAUGGUGAUAAUAUAGGCAGGAGCAGCAACGAGAAUAGUCGACCAAAGAAAAGAAAGAAGGAAAAGCGGGGACAAUCUCACUCUCAGGAAAGGGGAAAUGGACGGCGAUUCAAAAGAUCAAGAUAGAGAAUGAGAGAACGAUUGCUAGGGCGCGAAAGCCAAGCCUAUCGUCAUCAUCUUCUUUAUCGUAAUUCUCCCACAUAAACAAAAAAGAUAGAUCUGUAUAUAGGAUCUGUAUGGUACAAGUAAAAAAAGAAAUAGCU